AUGGAUAGUUCUGCCGAACCAUCAUCAUCCGUCAGUUUCACCUCAUCGUCUCAUUUAUCAAACGGGUCGACCAAUAACACUAACCCAAAUCCCGAGAAGUCGGAGCUGAAUCUCGAAAGAAUCAGUUUGAAUAAACUGAGCUCGAAUUUGGGUCAGCUUCUCUGCGAAUCACUUGACAGCGAUUUUAGCGAUGCGGAGAUUGUGGUCGAAGAAAGUACAGUUGGUGUGCACAGGUGCAUUUUAGCGGCCCGGAGCAAGUUUUUCCGAGACCUUUUCACGAACGAGAGAGGUUUUGGCGGGAAGAAUGGGAGGCCGAGGUAUUACAUGGCGAAUUUUUUGCCGUAUGGAAGCAUUGGGUAUGAUGCUUUUGUUCUGUUCCUCAAUUAUUCUUAUACAGGGAAGCUUAAUCAGUCGCCAGUUGAGGUGUCGACAUGUGUCGACAGCUCGUGCACACACGACUCGUGUGGGCCCGCUGUUAACUUUGCUGUGGAGUUGAUGUAUGCAUCGGCGAUUUUUCAGGUCCCCGAGCUUGUCUCGCUUUUUCAGCGGCGACUUCUUAACUUGGUCAGCAAGGCCACCGCGGAUGACAUCAUCCCCAUCCUCAAGCUCGCCUUCCAAUGCCAGCUCAGCCAUCUCUACACGCAUUGCAUUCACCGAGUGGCCCACUCGGACCUCGACACAAUCUCCAUCGAGAAGGAGCUCCCGCCAGCUGUCGCCGAUGAAAUCAAACUUCUCCAGCCGAAUCCUUCUUCUCAUCUCGAACAGGACAAUGACCGAGUCAACUCGGCCUUGAAAAGCGUGAGGAGAAUACUCCGUGCUCUGGACUCGGACGAUAUCGAGCUCGUUCGCCUACUCCUAACCGAGUCCGACACGACCCUCGACGAGGCUUAUGCGCUACACUACGCGGCUGCAUAUUGCGACCCGAAAGUCGUGGCGGAGAUUCUCAGCCUUGGCCUUGCGGACGUCAAUUUACGAAAUGCUCGUGGCCACACGGUGCUCCACGUGGCGGCCAGGCGAAGGGAACCGUCUGUUAUAGUCUCGCUUUUGAACAAGGGGGCUAGUGCUUCGGAGCUCACGUUCGAGGGGCAUACAGCGGUGGAUAUUUACCGGAGGCUGACAAGGCGAAAGGAGUUCGAGAUGAGGAGAGAGAAAGGUCGGGAGGCGAAUAAGGACAGAAUGUGCAUUGAUUUGUUAGAGAGGGAGAUGAGUAGGAAUCCGGUUGUGGGGGAAAGGUCGGUUUCGCCCCUGGCUGUGGCCGAUGACCUGCAGAUGAAGUUGCUCUACUUGGAAGAUAGAGUUGCAUUCGCGCGUAUGUUUUUCCCUACGGAAGCUAAGCUAGCUAUGGAAAUCGCACACGCUGAGACCACAACAGAGCUUACGAGUCUCUUGUGCUCGAGAGGCUCAAGCGGGAACUUGAUGGAGGUUGAUCUGAACGAGACACCCAUCACUCAAAACAAGAAGCUUAUUUCAAGAAUCGAAACACUCUCAAGAACAGUUGAGUUGGGAAGACGAUAUUUUCCAAAUUGCUCACACGUUCUGGAUAAAUUUAUGGAAGAUGACCUGUCCUAUCUCGAGAAGGGCACACCGGAAGAACAGAAAACAAAACGAAAGCGUUUUAUGGAGCUCAAAGAUGAAGUUAACAAAGCGUUCAACAAGGAUAAGGCGAAGCUUCAUCGCUCGGGAUUUUCGUCGUCAAUGGCUUCCUUCAAGGACCCGUCAAGUUACAAAGUUAAGAAACUACGAGAAAACUAA